AGGAAAAAUAAUUGAGAUAUACAUAUAUUCAAUAAAUCAUAGGAAGAACUAAGUGGGGUCUUUUUCAGAUGCUUUGGGCAUAUUUGGGGCAUGCUUUUGUAUAUAGAUUGGGGAAAUAAUUGUAGGGUGGGGAGAUGUUUGUAAUAAGCCACUCCAUUCUAGGGAAUUUGGAAGGGGUGGCGGCAACUACAUACCUGUGAUGGGAGAAAUACUUGCAAAGGCAUUUUUAACUACCUUCUCUUUGCUAACCUCCAGCCUAAGCCACAAGCAAUAUUUUAGGUGAAGUUUUAUUUUGACCUUUGUACCUUGUGGUUCCAGAAAGCAUGCACCUAAAAACUUAUCCAAAACAAGUAGUAUGUUAAUUAAUUUUGGAGCCAUCAGCUAGCUCUCUGGGCUGUUAACAGUUAUUAGAAUACAAUAAAAUAUGAUGCAACCCUCCCAGCCAUUAGUGCUUGCACAGCAACUUAUGGGAUGCUGUGCAUUUAGUUGUUUCUAUUGUUUGUUUACCAAUAUAAACAAAUGGAUAUUGUGUGUUUCACUUAAGUCUGCAUUUACUGCACAAAAUACACAUUAUAAGUGUGCUGAAGUAGUAGGAUUAGCACAGAUAACACAAAAAGCAAUUAUGUUAGCCCAAGACUCUUGUACUAAUAAGUAUUUCUUCUGUGAGGUAGAUUUUUCAGUAGGCUUGUUUAGCACCUUCUGGUGCUUGAAGGUCUACGUAUUUCUUGACUAUUAUAAAAAGCUUCUUAGGUUUCCAGAGAUCAUGAGAGGGAGAGAAGUAGAAAAGAUGGAGAGGACUGGUAGGAUUCAGAGGAGAAAUUCAGUUGUAUCUCCAAGCAAAGCUGGCUGGGCAGUUUGAGUAAUGUAUGUUGUUGAUCACCGCCUGUCUCAAUAUUGCAUAAUUCAACUUUACUGUUUUUCUACUUUAUUUCUAAAAAUAGGAGAGUAUAAACUCUGCAUGUUUUACCACAUAAAGGGUAAAACACAGUCCCCACCCUGCUGUAAAUUGCUCAGAGAGCUUUGUCUAUUGGGAUGUAUAGAAAUGAAAUAAAAAACAAUGUUUGUGCUAUACCACAUCCAGACCCAAGGAGAAAGUUUUCAAAGCUGCCAGCUUGGGGAAAUGGAGGGAAUACGGCACAACCAGCUUUCCAAAUGUCCUUAUCCCUUCCUGUUGAUAGUUUUCUGUUGCUUUAAAAAAAUCAGCUGUAUUUUCUUUAAAAAAUAUCCCUUUAUUUGAUGUUUGCACAGUUAGUGUGUCCAUAUGUACUGGGACUGCAAAUAAAUCAAUUUGGUGCAAGGAGCAACAGUCAAAAAUUAGUUUGCUAAAAUUGAUGUACCUAGCAAUAUAUAGAGAACCUGCUGUGUUAUCAACAUCCAGGGAGCAGGAUGCAGCCACAUUAGGAAGCAGAAGUGUGGUUUGCGGUGGAACAUUGUUUUGCUAGUAAUGGAUCACCUAAAGCGUUCUCAUUGCAGAUGAUUAAGGUGGAGUUUGGUCUGAGUGCAGAUACCCUGAAACCCCGAAGAGGCUCUGGUUGCCAAUAAGCCAAGAGUGUUUGCAGUGUCUGAUUUGGGUGGGAGCAAAUACUCCAGUUGGACUGAUUCCAGCGCAAGUGUGGAAUGCCCUGUGCUUUGCAGAGUCAUGAGGAAUAUCACAUGGGACAAUGCAGUAGAUAUCUCACAUUUACUAAAAGUGCGUGGAGGAUGAUUCACCUUGUAGGUCAAAGAGAAUGAACUUUUGUGGGACAAAAUGCAUUCUAAUAGCUUGCAUCAGGGAGCAAAGGUAUUUUCCAAGGGAUAGUAUGUCUCAACUACUGGCCCUGAAAAGAUAUUAUGGGAUAGGAAAAUCCUAUAUCAUGAGGUCUGUAGGACAGUUCCCACUUUCCUAUUUGUGAGUUCAAAGGGGCAGCAUGCUGGCUGUUCAAAGAUAUGGAGUGCUGGAGCAGAUGGCUAAAAAAAUCCCCACUUAAAAUAUGUGCCAACAUCAAGUGACACAUUCUUGCCUUUCCUGGGGAAGAUAAGUGGCCUGGUCCAGAUGUCAAGCAGCCAGCUGUCCAAUCAUGUUUGGAGUGCCCUUCAGAUUUCUGUGCUCCGUCCUCCCCUCGUGCGUAUAAGUUUCUUUUUCCAGUUUCUACUUUCCUUCAAUGCCUGAAUCAAGCGAACUGAGGUCAGCAUGAACCGGGGAUUGCCUUCAAGCCAUGAUGUGAAACUCGCACCACGCUUUGGAGGCAGUUUCCACCUGGUGCUGACCACAAUUUCCCCAAUCUGGACAUCAGGACAAGCCAUAACAGGAUGAAGGUCCCACAUUUAAGCACAUGCAGCCAAAUGAUAGUUGGAUUGUCAGCUGCCCUAACAUCUAGUGGAGUCAUUGAGUUUAUGAAGGAAGCUGAAGCAAGGAACAGUUUGUGAAAACUCGAGAGGACAGAUUCAUCAAAGUGACUUUAUGACUCAGUUAGAUGCAAAGAUCUGGUACUGCCUGCUCCCAAGAGUUCUAAAAAGAGGGUUUGCUGUAAGAAAGUUUACUCUAACCCAGCGCUGCCAGUUUCACUGUAAAUUUGUCACGGUUCUGAUUCCAUAUUUUGGUUGAUCACAUGCUCACUGGGGCAUCCUAGAAGCACACUCGGAGGGAAUUGAGUUGGAGGAGGCUGCAGAUGCUAAUUUUUAGCUGCUCUGAUCAGAUAACAAAUAUGUAGCACAACAUCUGGAACUUUUUACAGGGAACACAGUUAGCAACCUGAUUUUUAUUCUACCUCCAAUCUAUGGUGCAAUUCAGAGUUACAGAGAUGGCCUUGAAAAACGGUACAUGAUAGCUUAUUUGUGUGUCACAGCUGUGGGUUUGGGCUCGUGGUGCUUUCACAUGACCCUCAAGUAUGAAAUGCAGCUGUUGGACGAACUGCCUAUGAUCUACAGUUGCUGUGUGUUUGUCUACUGCCUGUCCGAAUGCUUCAAGUACAAGAAAACGAUCAAUUAUCCACUCCUGUUUCUACUAAUAGCCUACAGCACUGGCGUCACCAUAGUGUACCUAAAUUGGAAACAACCUGUGUUCCAUCAGGUUAUGUAUGGGACGCUGGUGGCGCUUCUGGUACUCCGUUCUGUAUAUAUAGUGCUAUGGGUGUAUCCAUGGCUCAGGGGGCUGGGCUAUACAUCCCUGACCAUUUUUUUGCUGGGUUUUUUCCUCUGGAACGUAGACAACAUUUUCUGCGAGAAACUGAGGGCGAUACGUGAGAGCCUGCCUCCGCUCGUGAGCGUCGUGACACAGUUCCACGCUUGGUGGCACAUUUUUACGGGCCUCGGCUCUUACCUCCACAUCUUGUUCAGCUUAUACUCAAGGACACUUUACUUGAAGUACAGGCCAAAGGUCAAGUUUCUCUUUGGGAUUUGGCCUGUUCUCUUAGUAGAAUUGACCAAGAAGCAAUGACAAGGACUUCUAGCCAAAACCGAAGAGGCACUACCCUGGAUGCAUAAGGAUAUCCUGCAAUCAUUUUGACUGAUGCGCUGGGGAUUCUUGGCACUGUCAAGAGAUCUCUUUCCCCCUCUCUACUCCUGGAGCCACAGAGAAUCAUGUAGAACCGAGAACCGACGUAUCUACGGAAGCCACAACUAGAGGUUAUCCCCCCAGUCCAAAUGAGAGCGCAGUCUUUCUCACACACUUCUUAGAUGGCUUGCAGGUGCUGGGCAGAGUUGCAGCGGGCACAGGAAAGGGGCACGCAUUCCUUUCAGAAGCAAGUUGCCCUGGCUGCCACUGGGCCAAGCAGACUCUUCAUCAGUGGUUGAAAAUUAAAUGAGUGCAGCCUGAAUGGCGCAAAAUGCCGGAAUCAAAUUUGGAAGGACAGUCCCUCCGAGUUGCAGGAGGCUCCGUGGCCUGGAGCAUGUUCCACGCGCCUAUUGUAAUAGGGCGAUAUUCUGCCACUUUCUUGAAACUGCUUUGCAGAGAUAAAGGAGAGUCAGGUUAGAAGCCCCGCUCUUUCAACAAGGUGCCAUGUCCCAGUUCUGUCUAGAAAGUAGGGCAUUCCUUUCUGGCUUGCUCCAUAUGCAAAUAAAUCACCCCCCCCACCCAAGAUUUCCAUGCAUAGUUGCACCUAAGAAUCUCUCAAUAGAAGGCCAGUUGUCCAGCGCAACUGCACAAGCUGCCUGAGUAAUUACUUGGGCACGGAUGAAACAGUAUUAACCAGAGAGACAUAGCCCGGAUGUUGCCAGAAUAUGCUUUUCUGACGCCUCUGUGCAGUCUGCUGGUACUGCAAACUGCCUGCAGCCUGUGUUAGCUGGGAAGCCCGAACCCCAUUACUGGCUGCGUCUCCUGGGAAAUCGGUCGGCUAAAGGCACAAACCUGCCCUCGCCGCCUCCAUUUGGGAUGUGAAAUUUGGAGGCGGACUUCCAUUCCAGCCUGAAGAAUGGCUUAGAAGUAACCAAGGGCUACUUCUUAUUUUAAAAAGAGCAACUUUACACCCUACCAGAGUAUACCAUCAAAGCCUUGUUGAGAUGGAAGGUACUUUUUGCCACUCUGAACCCCUUGGAGGACAGGCAGGGUAGUAACGUAAAUAAUUAAGCCGGAAAAAGAAAGAAAGCCCCCGAAAAGCAGAAUUGCUGCUUUGAGCACCUCUCGCUGACGUGUGCUGGAUUGUAUGGAGCACAACCUGCGCACUGAUAGGGUGUGCAUGCGGUGUGCAUUUGUGCUAGCAUCCUCAAGUAUGAAUAGAGAAACCAGUAAGUUUGUCUUGUCGUAGUGUGGUGCAAAGCACAGCAUCGCUUUGACUGUCGUGAACGUGUGGCCGCCUCUUCUCUGUGUCCCUUGCACUUCUGAAUGUUUCAUCUCCAGCUCACCAAGCCCCUCUUCAGCCAGCCAGCCAGCCAGCCAGCCAGCCAGCCAGCCAGCCAGCCAGCCAGCCAGCCAGCCUUCUCGUUCUUAAAUUCAUGACUGUGCUACCUAAAAAAUCCACUCCUUUUAAGGGGACUUUCCUCAGCCUCGGCCCUUCCCGAUACACAGCUGCCCUCCUCCCCAGCCUGCAUGGCACGUUGGCGGGCACCUGGUUGGGGAAGGCUACCCCGAACAAGCUUGUUCGGCCCAUUUAUCAUCAGGAAACUCAGUCUGUGGUCUAAAAAUCAAAGACAGGACAGCCCUUUGCUGCUUCUCUCUGCUUAUUUGCUGCCUUUGGCUGUAUCUCAAUUCACGCAACCGCUUAAGACACAACUUGGUGCAGGGUUGGACAGAAGAACGUCCCACAACUCCCAGCAUCCCCCAGCCAGCCAGCCCCCCCCCCCCCACAAUCUGAACUUGCGAAUCCCAGAAGGUGUGCUUCUCUCCCAGACCCCAUGUCCCCACUCCUGGAUUCCUGGGACAAGAAUGCCCAUACAGCCGAGGCUAGAAUGCACCCUUCCCUAAAUUCUUUUGUCUUUCCCUCUAGCUUAAAAACAUGUGAAUGAGCCACUUUUUAAAUCAUGUAUGCUUGUAGCUGAGUAAUUUGCUCAUGCGGUCGACCGCAAAUCAAAAGAAUGAGCCUGCAAUUUCCAGCCCUUGAGCUACAGGUGGUGUCUUCCCCCCAUGAGCUUAGACCCUAAAAUCCAGCUCCCAUCCCAUUUCUGGAAGCAUUUUAAGAACAGGGAGCUUCCUGCGGGUUUUCAGCUCAGCAUUGACCGCACAGACUGGCAGGAGCCAUUUGCAGGGUUUGUGCAAAGUCCCGGCCUGGAGACACCAGGAACUGAAUCUGAAACCUUUUGCAUGCAACAGAUGCGCUCUACCCAUUAGCCAGUUCACACAUCCCAACAAUCCGCUGUGGUUUAUACAAGGGCUGGCUAACCCUGCCACAACCCCUGCUGCCCGGGUGCACACCACACAAAAGGACACAGCAAGUGUGAGCCAGCCGAGGCAGCUUCACUCUUAAGUGAAGAGACGAGCAUCCAGUGUGACGUCUGGUGUGAUGUGCAGAGCAGGUUGCGUGUCUGCAGGCUCCUCCUCUGGGAACCUGCUAAUUGCUCUGCCGGUGCGCGAGGCAGAUCUUUGCUUUCUGCACACUGAGUGCAGACACAUUGCCGGCCACUGGGAAAAGGACAGUUUCUUCCUUUGCCACCCACCAAAUGUGCAGAGAGAAAAGCCCAUCGUCCUCAGCAUAGGAGACGUAGGCUGGCAGAGGAGGCAAGCAGUGCUGUGCCUUCUGUUUUAUUCACCUGCCUGCUGUUUACCUGGGACUGGCAAAGGAGGGUGUGACUUUCCUUGCCAUGGGUAGAAAGAAAGCGAGUGAGUAAAACUAAUUUUCAGGCUGGUCCUUUUGGGGAGCUGGAUUGAAGAAACCCUACAGUUCUAAAAAGAAGAACGACUUCUGUCCCAGAGCGCGGUCACACACGGAGAGAUGAAAAGCUCCGCUCUCCCUCCCAAACUUCUUUCAGGCUUGCUUGUUUUAAGGGAGCUACCAGGUUGCUAGCAAAGCAAGGGCUCUUUACUUGCAGGUUUUUGUAGCAUGCUAAGGGAACAGGAAACUGGCUGUCUGUCUGCAGCAUGUCAGCCUGAUAGAAUAAUCAGUUGCUUUUGGGACCGUGAUAGUCCUGUGGGGCUGGCGAAGCCGCAGACAGUCUGAGAAGGGCCCCCCUCGUCCCCUGGGAAGGACCCCUGGCUACUCCCCAACUGCAUGAUGUGGGGCAUGGAGCAGCGAGGGGUUUUGGUGCUGGUCCCGUGCGGGGUGGAGGAUGAGGACGCAGGCGACACUCGGUAUUUCCCCAUUGACGGAAAAUACUGCCUGUGACGAUCCUGGAGAGGGUCGGACCGUUGCCAUGGGGGAAACACUGCGGGAUUGGAGAACGAGCCGAAGCACUCCCGGGAGCCCAAAGCCGCCCCCUUAGCGCAGCCUGGCCGCUGCGCAUCAGCAUCGAUCUCCUGUGCGCUCCGGCCUCAUCCACCUGUUUACGCGCGCCUGCAAGCCUCAGCUUUUUCAGGGGGCAUCUCCAAAACUGGCACCCAGCCCCAGGGAGCGAGGGGUUCUUCAGGAAAAGCAGGGGUUUUUUAGGGGGUAUAAGCGACACAUUCAGUCCUUCGUUAGCUGCUUGCAGGUUCGGCUGCCAAUUCUUGCAACCCCCAGGCAACCAAAGGCACAACCCUGUGCAAGUUAAGGCAGAAAAAAGGCCUACAACUCCCAGCAUGCCCUGCUGGCUGCCUGGGCCCUUCUGUCCCAGUUUGUGUAGGAUUGCACCCUGAAGCGUUCUGCGGGGAGCCUCUCCCUUCUCCCGGCUUAGCUGAAGGAGCCCAUGUUUGUUCUGAAUGUAUCUUUACAAACUGCACUUGUAGGCUUGCAAGAAGGUGCUUUUCUGACCGCGCUUCUCUGCUGCCUGCCUUUUUGAAUUGUGCAACGCCACAUAACUCUGGGUGUCUGGAUCAUUGUUCCUUGUAAAAUCCGGGCUGCCUUCCCAGAAGGACUAGAAAUGGAGCACAUGAAUAAAUGUGGACAUGUCGAGCCAAACUGCCAAUGAGGUGAAUCCUGUGGUUUAGCAUGACCUGCUUUGGGGAGGGCUUGGGUUUAGUUUUGAUUAGAAGGGCUAAUAGUCGCAGCUUGGCUGGAAGGCGGUGAGGGUAACUCCUGAUCUGGAGCCAACAAAUUUCAACCUUCUGCCGCUUAACUGUUUUAAGCCAGAUUUCAAAUUGCUGCUGUUUGCCCACCUCAGUCCCAGUCCCAGUCUCUACCCUGCUAUUGCCCAAAGCAGCUACUAUUACUAAUUUAAUUCAUGUUAAACUUGUAAACCACCCAGAGGGCCCUUUGACCUAUGGGGCAAUAUAUAAGUGUAAUAAAUCAAUAAAAUAAUGAUUGAAUCACAUCUUUAAUGUCACCUGUACUUUGGCUCUAAGAAGCCACCACCCAAAGUCCAGAAACCAAAACCUGACCUUGCAAAUGCUGCGACUGCCUCUUGAUUUCCCCAAAAAUGGGGUGCCAUGGGCAGGAACAGCUCACCUCACUCCUGGAGAGAAGGUGCAGCAAGCGACAAUCCCCACAGCAGCCUAACUUCCCUGAAAUCAUUUUGAUCUCGGCUAUGGAUCCAAAACCACUGUGUUGAUUAAGAAGCCCUUCACAGGGAUCUGGUUCUGCAGCAGGCUCACCCGUGGGUGCGUAUGAAUCUUGCCCAGCUGACCCAAAAGAGAGAUUUCGCAAAACUGCUUUCCUCACAGCCACAAAGGUGUUGAAAUAGUAAAUUGGGACAAUAACUUGCUGGAUUGAUUUGCAAAACCAGAUUAUCAAAUGUUUUGAUCAUUAAAAAAAAAAUGGAGGACAGGCCACACCUGUUCGUGGCAGGUGGGAAGGUUGGGGUCUCCCAGCACAGCUCUGGGGGACUAGCAGCAGAGUAGCAAGCGUCUCUGAGCCCGCCUUGUUCAGCAGUGGCGGUUCCAAGAUCCAGACUAGACCCCUGGACCUCUCGUAACCUGACUUCUGAGUUCUAGGGGAAAGCAUUCUUGAAGUCUGCCCCCGAUUUCGACUGCCUCGAGUACGCAGCCUUUUCUCCUACAAAAGUCUGGUGGUGCGUCAGAGCACCACGACCUUUUCUGGGAAGAUGCUUGAUGCUGUAUUCUCGAGACGCAACUUCUCCCUGUAACCGCCUCAUCAGGUGGAUCUGUGCACUGGACAGAUGACUAUGCGGUGGAAGCAAAGUUGGGCAUCGUGGUAUUUGCAUACUGACCAGUAUUAAAGAGGCCUCCCUCUUUAACGGGUCUGUCUAAACAUCAUCUUUGCCCCCCUCCGUGAAAUCUGCUCUCUUUUGCCCAAGGAGAACUAAGCUACAGUUGGCGGGUUUUCGGAAAUCAAGCCCAUCUGCUGACGAGUCAGACUUGGUAAUUAAUAUAAAAGGUGGGUUGGCCAAAGUGAAGAGUGGAGGAGAUCAGGGCCAACAGGUGCCUGGAGGAGUCGGGAAUUCCCAGAGGGGACCAGAGGUGUGUAAAAUGUAGGUGCCCAUUCCCAAACUUGAGGUGAGGUAGGUGGUCCCCAGGGAGCUUUUCCUAGUGGAAAGAAUAGCCGUUCCACACAGAGAACCAUCCAGCUAUUCCGCUUCCUGGGUGGCGAGCUGAAAUGAUAAGAUUCUGGGAACACGUGAACUAACUUCUCUGCUCUUUGAAUUCGGCCUCGGUUUCUAAUCUUUUCCCACUCGUUUUAACAUUUCUUUCUGGUUCCUCUCUGGUCUCUGGAUCUGCACUGGUUGCUUAAUAUGCCUUUCUGUCUUCCUGAUGUGUGACGUGCAUUGUUCAGGUCUGCUUUUCUUCCAUCCCAAGACAGCCCAUCCCCAAGCUGUCCGUUAUCCAGGCUUUUCCCGAAGAAGCCACAGUUUUCCGUUCCCCUCCUUUAAGUCAGCAGCUUAUUGGCUGCAUUAUUACUCUUGCAAUGUCAGCGGAUUGCCCCUAUAAGCUCCAGAGACCAUUGGGAGUAUUUUUUAGACAUACCUCUUUAUGACUGCCUCUAAACUCUGAUUUUAUUUUGUCCUGCCAAAUGAAUGUUGAUUAUUGCACUGAUUUUAAUGUGGCAUUUGCCGUCGGAGAGGGAAAUGGAUCCGAGUUGCCAUAAGGGGUAUGGGACACAAAGCAACCAGCCUUUGUGUUAACACUUAUUUGUGGGUUUAUUAAUGUACAAAAAAACCUUUACAAGUGAAUAUACUGUGGCUGUAUCAUGAAACUACAGCUUAACUGUAUAUAAAAGCCAUUGUAAUAUAUAAUGUUUAAGCAUUUUGAUAUACUAUAUUGAAACCUUUCUAUGGGACUCCUGUCAACUAAUAAGCUUAUAUAUAAACACACCCACACUAUUAUUUUGCAAUAAAGUGGCUUUUUCAGAUUUAAAGGUAUUUAAUCAAUUUACCCUUCAAACAUUAAUUAUGCCUUUAUAGCUGAUAUUGACAUUGAUAAUUAUUAAAGGAUCUUUGUUUUUAA